CCUGCCGGGCCCUGCGGAGCAGGAGGAGCGCCCGGAGCCAGCGGAACGUGCCGAGGAGCGCGUGGUGCCGCGGAGGGGACGGCGGCUGCGUCCCCACGGAGAGCUGGGAAUCACCAUCAGGACAGAGCCAGGCCGUGUCCAGCACCCUGGGAUUCCUGGAAAGCCUUCCCAGGAUGGACCGGAUGACGGAGGACGCGCUGCGCCUGAACCUGCUCAAGCGGAGCCUGGAGCCGGCCGAGGAGCGCGAGGACGUCCUGGCCAAGAGGCUGAAGAUGGAGGGACACGAGGCCAUGGAGAGGCUGAAGAUGCUGGCACUGCUCAAGCGCAAGGACCUGGCGGGGCUGGAGGUGCCCCACGAGCUCCCGGUGAAGCCGGACGGGAUCAAGGGCUACGAGGAGAAGCUCAACGGGAGCCUGAGGCCCCACGGCGACGGGCGGAGCGCGGCCCGGCCGGGCAAGGAGAACAUCAACGACGAGCCCGUGGAUAUGAGCGCCAGGAGGAGUGACCAGGACCGGGGCAGGUUGACCCCAUCCCCGGACAUCAUCGUCCUGUCGGACAACGAGGCCUCCAGCCCCCGCUCCAGCUCCCGCAUGGAGGAGCGGCUCAAGGCGGCCAACCUGGAGAUGUUCAAGGGGAAGAGCCUGGAGGAGAGGCAGCAGCUGAUCAAGCAGCUCCGGGACGAGCUGCGGCUGGAGGAGGCCCGGCUGGUGCUCCUCAAGAAGCUGCGGCAGAGCCAACUCCAGAAGGAGAACGUGGUGCAGAAGACCCCCGUUGUCCAGAACGCCGCGUCCAUCGUGCAGCCGUCCCCAGCCCACGUGGGACAGCAGGGCCUGUCCAAGAUCCCCUCCCGGCCCGGAGCCCAGGGGGUGGAGCCACAGAAUUUAAGGACAUUACAGGGCCACAGCGUGAUCCGCUCUGCCGCCAGCUCAGCCCUGCCCCACAUGCUGAUGUCCCAGCGCGUCAUCGCCCCCAGCCCCGCCCAGCUCCAGGGCCAGCGCGGGCCCCAGAAACCCGGCCUGGUCCGCAGCUCCACGCCCGGGAUGAGCCCUGCCAUCAACUACCAGCCGCAAUCGGGCUCCUCGGUGCCGUGCCAGCGCUCGUCCUCCUCCGCCAUCUACAUGAACCUCGCGUCGCACAUGCAGCCGGGCUCGGUGGCCCGCGUGUCCUCCCCCCUCCCCAGCCCCAGCGCUCUCUCCGACGCCGCCAACUCGCAGGCGGCCGCCAAGCUGGCGCUGCGCAAGCAGCUGGAGAAGACGCUGCUGGAGAUCCCUCCCCCGAAACCGCCGGCACCGCUCCUGCACUUCCUGCCCAGCGCCGCCAACAGCGAGUUCAUCUACAUGGUGGGGCUGGAGGAGGUGGUGCAGAGCGUCAUCGACAGCCAAGGGAAGAGCGCCCCGGCGGUGCCGCGCGUGGAGCCCUUCGUGUGCGCGCAGUGCCGCACGGACUUCACGCCGCACUGGAAGCAGGAGAAGGGCGGGCGGAUCCUGUGCGAGCAGUGCCAGACCUCCAACCAGAAGAAGGCGCUCAAGGCCGAGCACACGAAUCGCCUCAAGAACGCCUUCGUCAAGGCCCUGCAGCAGGAGCAGGUGGGAAUCGUGGGAGCGCCCCUUCCCGGGGCUCCUCCCACCCCAAAACACCCCAAAACACCCCAAAACAGCCUGUCCCAUCCCGUGCCGUUAUCCCCAUCCCAAUGAUCCCAUUGAUCCCACCCCAUUGAUCCCAUCCCAUUCCAUUGAUCCCAUCCCAAUGAUCCCAUUGAUCCCAUCCCAUUGAUCCCAUUGAUCCCACCCCAUUCCAUUAUCCCCAUCCCACUGAUCCAGUUGAUCCCAUCCCAUUGAUCCCACCCCACUGAUCCCAUCCCAUUCCAUUCCGUUAUCCCCAUCCUACUGAUCCCAUUGAUUCUAUCCCAUUCCAUUGAUCCCAUCCCACUGAUCCCAUUGAUCCCGUCCCAUUAAUCCAAGUGAUCCCAUCCCAUUGAU